AUGGAUCCCCGGAAAGCCCUUCUUCUCGCCCUUGCCGUCUUCUUCAUCGUCGGUGCUCAAACCACGAGGGUGGCCUUUACAAACAAAUGCCCUUUCACGGUCUGGCCGGGGACACUCACCGGCGGCGGUGUACCUCAGCUACCGGUCACCGGCUUCGAGCUACCAUCCAAGUCGUCUUCGAGCAUCCAUGUCCCCGCAAAUUGGACCAGCGGCCGGUUCUGGGCUCGAACGGGCUGCUCAACAGACUCCACCGGGAAAUUCUCCUGCCUCACCGGCGACUGCGCCUCCGGCAAGAUCCGUUGCGUCGGCGCGGGGGCAAUCCCGCCGGUGACCCUCAUGGAGUUCACCCUAGGCGCCUCCAGCGGGCUGGACUUCUUCGACAUCAGCCUCGUCGACGGUUUCAACCUGCCGGUCGCCGUCAACCAGUGGGGAGGCGGUCCAGGGGUGUGCCGGACGCCGAGCUGUCCCGGCGACGUGAACGGCGUAUGUCCACCGGAGAUGGCCGUGAAGGGUCCCGAUGGACGUGUGAUCGCGUGUAAGAGCGCCUGUCUGGCUUUGAACAAGCCGGAGUAUUGUUGCACCGGACAGUAUGGCUCGCCGGCGACGUGCCCGCCGACGCAAUACUCGAAGAUUUUUAAGGGAAAGUGUCCUCAGGCUUAUUCUUAUGCCUAUGAUGAUGCUUCCAGCACGUUUACUUGUCCGACCGGGAGGAAUUACUUAAUCACGUUUUGCCCUUGA